GCUUGUUUAGCUAUCAGCCUUCCCCACAUAGUUGCCCCAGCAGACCGAAUAAAAUCCCCGAGUAAUCGAUAUCAUAUCCACCUCACACCCAUACGGAACGCCUCAUAACCUACACCAUGCCCAAGGACAAGGAACGCAGCCUAAACCCCGCCGCGGCACAACGGAAACUAGACAAACAAAAGAGUCUCAAAAAAGGCAAGGCAGAGGCGCAGGCCCGUCGGAAUGAGAAACUAGCCCGUCGCAACCCGGAGCGCAUCCAACGACAGAUCAAUGACCUCAAAUCCCUCGAGGAAUCCGGGCAGAAACUACGACCCCGCGAGAAGGAGCUUCUGGAAGCUUUCGAGCGUGAGCUGCGUGCCGUGCAGAAGGCCAGAGAGGCGUUGGGCGAUAAGGCACCCAAGUUCGGAAGCUUCGAGUCUAGACAGGGCGGCGGUCAGCGUGGGCGCGGGGAUGCUGCAGUCCUGGGCAAGCGAAGGCGAGAUGGCGGCGGCCGAUUCGGGCAGGAUAGUGAGAGUAGCGACGAGACAGAUGAGGAGGUGAGAAGGAUACCCAUGCCGAGGGAUACGCCUCCGCCUACCCCGCGACAGCCCCGGAAGGGACCAGACAGCCAUCAGGCUGCGGGGGCUCGGGGCCCGCACCCUCUUCCGUCGAGGCCGCCCGUCGUGGAGUCGAAGACCGUGUACGAGGCCAAGCCGGAAAUCAGGAAUCUCCGGCAAGAGGCUAUCAGCAAGUUUGUUCCUGCAGCCGUCAGGGCCAAACAAGAAUCCAUACGUGGGCAAGGCAAGCUCCUGGAACCGGAGGAGAUGGACCGGUUAGAAAAAGCAGGGUAUAACGCCGGACCUGCCGAAGCUGAGUGGAAAGAAUCCCUUGGUACAGCUGGCGAUGAGGAAGCUCAAAGAUUAUUGGAAGAGGAGGAGCGGCGGUUCAACCAUGAGCUUCGGUCUGUCCAGAUCGAAGAAGUCGAAGAUGAGGAAGCAUGAUUCUUACGAGGCGGCCUCAGAACAAUGUAGCACAAAUCGGGGUUUCC